AUGGCCAAUUGGAUGCCCUGCAUUGUGGGUUGGCUAUUCAUUGCCACGCUCUUCAUAGGCUGUAUGGCCGCCGAUGACGGGGAUGACUUCUCUAAUAAUUUGUUCUCGGACCUGGCACCGUUAUUGGCACUUUUUGGAGAACGGGUGACAAUGCAGUUUAUGAGUCAGUCUAUGGGGUGGGCAGAUAAUAUUAUCUUAGCUAUGGCACCGUUUGGAAUUAUCACUGCUAUUGUUGGUGCUAUUCGCGUUGGUGGACCCCCCUCGCUCAAGGCAGUCAUUGGAAGAGCUAGGGAGAAUCUUGCAGUCUCUGAAACUGAGUUGAUGUCGUCUACUUCAAAGGAAGUCUGUGAGGUUUGGAACGGUCGGGAGGUGUCCAAUCAUCAAGCAGCUCCUACAAUAGAAGUGUUGAAGCUAGAUCAAGCGAUCGACAAAGGGUAUAUUACAGACUGUGAUGGUACUAAAGAGUCGAAAAAGGCUACCACAGCUGGAACGACUACUGGGUCGGCGCAAGACGCAGAGACUAAGGAGAACAUCACACAACCUAGUGGUUCGAGAAACCCUAUAGGUGACGAAGAACAAGCAAACUCAAGACGCAAUCCCAACCCCGAGAUUCAUCCACAAGCAUCAUCCCCCAGCACCGAGGGACCUGUUCCCAGUGUCUCAAAUUCAACUAGGAAGCCCCAAAAGAUUUGUAUCAUACGAGACGUGUCUGGAGAUUCACCAAACAUCUUGCUGAACUGCCAUCCACCGGCGAAUGAAAGGGAGCUAUGGGCAUUUGCAGCUAUCGGCACUUGUCUUCAGCUGGGAGUCCUCAUAUACUCUGGGCUGGCCACGUACCAUCCGGCAUUGCAAUUCAAAAAGGAUGACAAACCCGUUGAAGCCUAUGCAUACCCUUGUACUGCGGUUGGGACACUGGUUUUAGUACUUGGGAUGUUAUUGUGCGGUCACGUCGUGGAAAGCAGUACAGACGAAAAGAGAUACGAGCCAGCCAAGGAAUGGACGGCUCGAAUGAUCUGGCUGCAGCAGACCAAAACUGUCAGUGACCAGGUUUUUGACUCCCACAUGGUGUAUGCCCAGGACGAUCGGCAGACUAUUAUCACAUCGAGGCGAUCCGAGAGACACGGCAAUCGCCAGUCCACAGCCGGUACCACUGGCGGUCACUCGGCUGAGGACGAUGACCCUUCUGCAGCUCUUCAAUUUAUCACGAUAUGUGGCGCGGCAGUCGCACUAUGUGGAUUCGUGGUGCAGUUCGUUGGCCUUCGAGGCAUGCACUGGUCGGCGUCAAUAGCUCAGCUAGGAGCGGUGCUGGUGAUGGUGUGUAUCAAGGCGUGGGUCCGUCGUGGACUUGCGAGAUCGCCCGCAUGCAAACCUUUGGCGUCUGGGUUUGAGCUCGACUGGUUUGCGAAGCAGCUGGGAAGCAUCCACCAGGAGACCUGGAGUCGUACGCAAAGUAAGAGGAGUGACUUGGUCGACAUCAAGACGUCAGGCAGCGCAAGCAGCCUCGACAACAAAUGGACCGUUGUGACUGGUGGAAAGUCAUCAUUAGGGCCACCUGAGCAAAUGCAAGCGCAUACCCCGGCGUUGGGUGAUAACAGCAUUUUCGACGCGCAGACAGUCUUAGAUGCAAGGAAACAGCUUGCUCGCCUAGCUGAUUGGCGCGGUCCUGCUUCCAGAGAGGCAGUCUGUCUCGCGAGAGCCAUUGAAUGUACAAUGAACGCCCUGAGUAUAUGUUUGCCAAAAGAAUCUAAGAGCUUCAUCUGGAAUAUCGAAACCCGCUACAUUGGGUCACAGGAGCAACCAAUCAGCAUUCGCCUAUCACAGCAGGCAGGGGUAUGGAAGGUGGACGCGACUGAUAUGGAAGCAACACUUUCGUUAUGGUUAUCUUCAGUUGACGAGGAGGAGAAUUUGACACAACCUGAGCCUCUGAAUAGCGGUGUGUCUGACUUCGAUGAUGGAAAAAGCCACUCGGAGCCAAAGAUUGGAGAUGACCAGUGGUUGCGUACGAAGGGCACAACGGCGAAGCAAAGCCUGCGGCUUUUAGGCAAACAGACCCCGAGCAUGAGUCGAGAUCUCCAAUGGUGGAUUGCGAGAGAUCUUCUCAGUAUACUUCAAGUGCGAGAAGACGAAGUUGCUUCGCUACGUACUACGCUACGUGUGGGUAAGCACAGAGUUGUUGGCUAUGAUCAGUACGAAGAGGGAUCCACCAACCAGCUAUCUGUCCUUCAAUACUUGGAUGUCAGUAACAGUGGUUUUGACAAUGAUGACUAUAACGGAAAUACCAACGAUGGCUACGAGAUCGAAGGGGACUGCAACACCGACGAUCCAGACGAUGACAAUGGUGACAGCGGCGAUAAACAUCCCGCUGAUUAUUACGAUGGCAAAAGUGUCUCUGAUUUUGAGAACGAGGACGUUGUUGACGACGCCAAAAAUGACGACAAUGACAAUCAGGCCGAAAAUUUAGGUUUAUUGGGAAGCGAGUCACACCAGCCUUUAAUGGCGCUAUUUGCUAUGGACUUAUAUUCGACAUUUAUGCGGGCCAUGGCCAAGGCGAUGACCAUUCCUAUUCCAGGAGGGGCCGACGAAAUCCAGGCCGAUAGCAAUACUAAUGGUACGAGCUGGAAGACCUUUACGCUCCGGAACAGCCAUCUGUCAAAGAUGAUCCAGGAUGUUCACAGUACUGGUCUUGGGAGUCUCGAUCAGAUCUACCUUAGCGUUAUCACCCCGCUAAGUCAAGAGAAGAAGCUCCCCAAAGUAGAUGCGGUCGUUAAUUUGGCAGUAAAGAAUUCUCGGCGAAACGAAGAGUCGCAGAAAUGGCAAGAGGCUGGCGACGAUUUGAUAUGGCUUUUCAGGCUAGCAAAUAGGACGUUCCCAAAAGAAAGCGAUGUGGUUGCAAAGGCAACAGCAAAUCUGAUGGAAUACCAGAGACUAGCUAACUUGGUCCUUCGAUUGGCAACGGGACGUGAAUUGAUGUCUCUGGGUAUAUUCGAUGAUGGGAAUGACACUAUCGUUCUCAAGAUGUUGAAAUCAAAUCUUCAGCGAGAGCUCAAGGACGUUGAUCCUACUGUGGAACGCCAGCUCUUGAAAAAGUACAAGAUUCUGGGGCCGAGUAAAUUCCUUGGGUGUACUUAUGCACACAAAGAAGCAGAGAGCCUCCUCCACAAAGCCACCACCAUACGAAACGAUCCUAGAGAUAUCCUUGAGCGAACGGCGACACAUUAUGCUGGAGUUUGCGGUAGCGUGACUGACUUUGAAAACUACGUGACAGGCCAGUAUGACAUCGGUGCUCAGGAUCUCCUCGGGCGGACAGCAUUGCAUUACGCUUGUUUUUGUAGUCGUGGGAGACUGAAAGUAGUUCAAUCGUUAAUUGGACGCGGUGCAGAGCUUGAUACAAGGGCGCGAGAUGGAGCAACGCCGUUACACUAUGCCGCGAUGAAAGGAUACAAAGGCAAAGCAAAGUUAUUGAUUGAAUCAGGAGCCACGAUUGAUAUCUGGGACUUGGCAGGUCGUUCGCCACUUCACACUGCUGCAGUUCAUGGGCGAGUGACAGUAGUAGAAUACCUAUGGGACAAGGCAAAACAAGAAUUACGAGACCGGUCAGGUUGGACUGUUUUACAUCUAGCAGCAAUGUCAGGAAGUGAAUUAGUGGUGCAGUUUCUUGUCAAUCUGGAGAUCGAUAAGGAGGCCAAGGACCGCAAUGGGAGGACUGCGUUACAGCUAGCGGCGAUGGCGGGAAAGAAAGACGUGGUGAAACUUCUCAUUGAUCACGGAGCUGAUACGAAAGCCAAAGACAACCGAGACAGGGAUACGUUGCAUCUAGCGGCAAUGGCGGGAGAGAAAGACGUGGUCAAAUUUCUCAUCGAUCGUGGGUUUGACAAGGAAGUCAUGGACGCUUAUGCUAUGAGGCCGCUUGACCAAGCCGCUUGUUUUAAGCACAAGGCUGUCGUGCGACUAUUAAGUUAG